GUUUCCAUGUGUUGUUAUCCGAAAAAAGAUCUGGGUCCCCUCCCCAGAUUGCCAUUGGUUCGCCAUGGCCUUCCGCCUCGUGACGGCACGGAUCCCGCACCCCGCGCGGUUCGCGCGGGGACGCCGGUGGAGCUCGGGCGCACGGAUCCUGAAGUCGGAGGUGCCGGACAUCAUCUUUCACUUUGCUGUGGAAGACUAUUUGAUGAACUUCGCCAAGAUCACCUCUCCUCUGCUGUAUCUCUGGCGGCCACAGCCCGUGGUCACCAUCGGCCGGCACCAGAACCCCUGGAAGGAGUGUGUGCUCGAGCAGUUGCAGAGCGACCAAGUGGCCUUGGUGCGCCGCCGCUCGGGGGGCGGUGCGGUGUUCCAAGAUCCCGGCUGCAGCGUUUUCACCUUCAUCUUCCCUUCGGCCGCCUUCGACAUCGAUCGGAACUUGGAGACGGUGCUGGGCGGUUUGCGGCGCCUGGGCGUCGCAGCGGAGAAGAAGGGCCGCAACGACUUGGUCUACCAAGGCAAGAAGAUUUCGGGAAGUGCUUUCAAGCAUGCGCCUGAUCGGCAAGUGUCCUUGCACCAUGGCACCAUUCUGAUCGACACUGACCUCACAGCCCUGCAGCGAUACUUGACGCCCGACAAGAGGAAGUUGCAAGCGAAGGGCAUCUCCAGUGUUGGAGCAAGGGUGAUGAACCUCCGGGAGGCUUUCCCCUCCCUGACGCACCAAGACUUGUGCGACGCCCUCACCGAGGAGUUCCGGGACCGCGAGGGUGCCAGUGGCCCGGUGGAGGAGAUCAGCGAGCAAUCGGAGUUGGCACAGGCCAAGGCCUUCCAGGACUUGAUGGCAGAGCUCGGGGACAAGUCAUGGAGAUUUGGCAAGACUCCAGAGUUCUCGCACCAGUUCGAGACGCGCAUCGAUGGCGUCGGCGUCUUCGACGUGCACCUGAAAGUGGUGCACGGCGUCAUCGAGGACGCCACGAUCUUCAGCGACGCGCUCUUCCCGGACGUCAUCAGCGCGGCGAUGACCAGCCUCUGCGGCGUGGAGUACGGACGCGACGGCAUCGGUGCUGCACUGAAAGGACUGGGGCCCCAAUUCACUGAGGAAGGUCCCAAAAAGACCUUGGAGGCGAUGACCGACUGGAUGAUUUCCAAUGUCGGGGAUUGAUUGAAUUGUACAUACUAUCAAAGGAAUGGGUCAGUCCCCUAUGGACCAUGGACAUGAAUCUCACCAUGCCUUUGAAAUGC